AUGGCGGACGGUCACAAAGAGGAAAUGAAAUUGCUUUGCGUGAAAUCAGUAUCGAUUUUCAUGGAAAAGGUAACAAAAAUGAUACCUAGAGUGAAGCUGAGAGACUACACCAUGCAGUGUAUUGGAUGUGUACCGAUGACUUAUCUGGGUAGCCAGGCUGAGUGUAUUCAUGGUCUUAAUUCAGACACUGAUAUUAUGUACGAGUGUCAGACCGUUAAAGUCAUACAGAACUCCGACCAGACUAGAAACAUGGCUACCGUGCCGUCUGACUAUGAUGCUGUGGUGAUGUUCGACUCUGCUGGAACACCAGAAGGGUACACAAAGCUAAAACUAUUCAGCAUUCGACCAGAUGAAUCAUACACAGAGAUAGAUGUACCAUUGUUAUGUGUAGAUGGGUUCCUAUCUAAUUGUCUGGUGUCAGGAUUCUGGAAAGACCGCCUCGCAAGACGGGACCUGUUUCCUUCACACGGAAUGAAGACAGGUCUUUACACACACGGUCCAUGUAUUACAUUUAAGUACACAGGUAUGGAAAAUCGACUCGACACCGACAUUGAUUCUGUGUUUACUUUGCAAUGUGACUGGCCUGAACAGGCAAGGGGAUGGCUUACAAGACAGAGGAACUAUAAUUGGCCAGGCAAGGACCUUAAAAACAAAAUAGAGUUCAUAGGAUGUCAUCUUGUUCCGAUAGGACACACGUUAUCACAUCAAAGAGACAUCGAAUGGAGAAUUUCAUUCAACAAACCAGAACGAGAGCUUGUGUGGUCAUUCAAUGGUACGCAGUUUGCAUGUGUUGACUUCAUGAAAAUAUUCUUUCAGGUGAAAAUCAGUCCAAACUUUCCUGACCUCUUUCCGUCGUAUUUUAUUAAAACCGUUAUGUUUUGGAUGAUUGAAGAAUCAAAUCCAACUUUGUGGGAACCAGAAAACCUGUGCAGAUGCCUAGAGGAGUUACUCUGCCGUAUUAUCAUUUGCGUUGGUAAAAAAGAAAUAAGGAAUUACUUUAUUCCGUCAAACAACAUGAUGGACAUCAAACCAGACGAUAGGCUUGAUGCAUUACUCGUAGAGCUGAUUCAAUUUCAAAAGUUAGGACUUGACAAAUGGAAGCCUAUUAUGAGAGCCAGAAUCGACGAAAAAGACGAAAAUGACAUAUAUUUUUAUCAUGUCAAAAUCAACGCAUUAUCUACCAUACGACAUUAUACACUUAACUUACUUUCAUCAACAGACUAUCAGGAAUUUGAUCUUUGUCUCGCACACAUCAACAGAAGCAUUGAAUAUGCUGUUGCACAAGAACUAUCAAAGGAUAUAUGGGAAAUAUUUCGUGUGGAAAUUCAAACCAUUCAACGAUUCCAUGAACACUUAAAAACGGUAAACGAAUCAUUUCUUGAAUCGAAAACGGAAAAUAAAAUGGUUGCUGUUGACAAACUCAUUUUGUUCUUACAAGGACAAAAGAAGGCCUACCUUAGCUCCGGAUGUCUUCAGUUGGCCACAUUGUAUUUAUACCAGGGAAGAUAUAUAGAGGCACGGGAAGUCUUGGAUGAUCUGUUAUCGAGUUGCAAUGACUCAAUUGUCCACUAUACAUUUCAUAGUCGGGACAAAAAACCAAAAGACGCAGAUUAUGAGAUCAAAUUUCCAAGACCAAGUUUGGAAGACACCCUCAGGAGGUUUAUAAUAUUCGACACGUAUUACCUACCCGUUUUAAAAGCACUGUAUCCAACAACAAUCCAAGCCGUUCUACAAAGAACUAAAUCUGUUUUGUUUAUUAGUCCACUGUUUUCCUGUUAUUUGUUAAAAUUUCAUUGCUAUAUGGCAGAAGGGAAUGAGGAGGCAGCAGUUGAAGUCUCAGGACAACUCAUGAAGUCUGCUGAAGCCGAUCAAAUUACAACACAUCGGGACCUUGCUUUAGAAUGUUCAGCGAUGAUCACAUGA